AUGAACCAGGACCUUUCCAAGUACACUACCACCUUUCGCGCAUCGCAACCUCGUCGCAUCAAGCGCAACCGGCAAACAGUCUCAUGCUGUAGCUGCCGAUCACGGAAACUAAAGUGUGACAGAGAGCAGCCUUGCGGGGCUUGCCGGAAACGGGGUGAGGAGAACGCGUGCCGAUUUGGACCAGCCCCGAAACGUGUCUCUUCAUCUGCUGGAAAAGAUGAGCUCCGGAAGGAAUUGAGGCAUAUGAAGCUUAUUCUUGAAGCCUUGGCUGAAAAGUCUGGAACGGGAAGUGAUGUCUCGCACAGCCAACUGGCCGAAAGCAUCAACCGCAUGCAGAAGGCUCUCGAUGCGGACGAAACCACUGUACCUGCAGAACCCGCAAGCGCACAUCAUGACAUUGAUGUGGUAUUUGGAUCAAUGUCGCCUACAACUCUCCCUGAGAUCCACAGGGCGUUGCCGAGUCGACAAGCCACGGACAGCAUGAUCGCUGCGUAUUUCAACGCACGAUAUUUGACUGCUCCGUUUAUCCAUGCUCACCAGUUCAGGAGGCAGUAUGACCUGUUCUGGAACUCUCCAGAGCCUGUGGAUUUCCUCUGGGUCAGCAUAUUGUUUUCCGUCUUGGCAAUCGGAGCUGUUGUGACGAAUGCAAAGGGGACCAGCCCCAUACCGGUUGACCCGUCGACAUAUCUGAACAUGGCGGCGAGGUGUCUUUUGGCAGGUCAAUACCUCGAGGCUGAAGAAUUUUCGAUCGAGGCCCUGACCAUGUAUUCCCACUCGAGAUUUACUAUACGGGGAAGCCAGGAUGUUGCUCUACAUUCUUUAUGUGGCUUGAUUGUUCGGUUGGCUCAACUACGAGGUUAUCAUCGCGUCCCGCCUGAUCCCUCGCUUGCACUCACCCCGUUUCAAGCCGAGAUGAGAAGACGGGUGUGGUUUAUCAUUCAGUUUUACGACGUUCUCUGCGCUUUUGGGCGAGGAUUGCCGUCUCUUAUACACGAGGAUAACUGUCAUACUGGUCAUCCAACAAAUGUCACUGAUGAUGACUUUGAUGAAGACAGCGCGUUUUUAUCCCCUCGGCCGUUGACGGACUCUCAGAGCAUGGCCGCAUGUGUUUACCAAUCCAUGUUGCUCCCAAUCCUGCGCCGCAUCAUCCGUCAUGCUCUUGGGCUUAAAGCUUGCACUUACCCAGAUGCCAUACUCCUGGGCCAUGAGCUGGAAACGUGGUACCUGUCGAUACCACCCUACUUACGCGCACGCUCGAUCCGGAGCACCGCCUUUACCGACCAAAGUCACACGGUCAUGGAUAGAAUCAUGCUGGAGCUUCUGUACUCGAUGGGUAACAGCAUACUCUAUCGGCCGUUUCUCGAUCUCACCAAGCCCCAAGACCAACUGUCUCAGGUGUCCCUGGCUAUCUGCCGAAGGAUGGCAAUGAGAGGUGUGAGGGCAUAUAUCGAAGUAGAUCGAGAGCUGCAAAGAGGAGGGCGACUGCACGAGGAUCGCUACAUCGCAAUCAAUUUGUCUAGCAGUGACUUUAUGGUCUGGAAGAUUCUGGCACCCCUUGAAUUCGCCGACUGCCCAGAUAUGCCUAUUCAAGAAAGCAGCAAUGUUAAAGGCAUGCUGGAGACAGCUUGUCAAAUGUGGUCUGCCAGAGCAGCCACCUCCAUGCAUGCAUCCGAAGCCUCGAGGGUUCUUCGAGUGAUUUCGGGUCAGAUUCAAAUCGCCCAACACUGGGUGAUGGAGAUUCCCUACGAUACCUCGACUUUUUAUUGUGCAGAGGAUAUGGGGAAUGAGGACCAAACCCAGCUGGUACCACAGUAUGAGGAAAAUGAGGCCCUGGCUCUCAGCGUCCCAGAGGCUCCAUCAUUCGACGCGUUGUUAGCCGACAUCGACUGGGGUUCUAUCGAUAAUUAUCUCCGCUACGACAUGUCAAAUGAAACGACAUCAGGUCAUUUGUUUGCCAAUUAA